AUGGCGAUUGUCGUUUCAGAUGCAGAGUUUGGUGGAGAUUUCGACGAAGAAGCCAACGACAGAGAUGACUUUCACAUCGACCAGUUGGUGAAUGAGUUCGUCGAUGAACCACCAGUCCGCCAUGAUGUGUAUCCGGAGAGUGAUACCGAUGAAAACGGUGACGGUACAGAGCCAGUUCACACACAUAUCAGGCGCGGUGAUGGGCAUUUGUACGAUAAGCAGACAUUCUUCAGUGGAGUCGCUUUCAAAGAAGCAGUGACGGACUAUGUUCUCAGAACUGGAAACAAUCUGAAGCAAUACAGGUAUGAUAAAAACAAAAUUGGCUUUAUAUGUGUUGGUUGUAAUGGAGAUGAUGGUUCACGGUGUGAGUGGAAGGUGUAUGCUGCAAUUCUGCCAAGUGAUAAUAUGUGGAGGAUUAGAAAGUUUAAUGAUAAGCAUAGCUGUAUCCCUAAUGGAGAAUGUGAGAUGUUUAAGGUUCCACAUAUAGCUAGGUUGUUUCUUGAUAAGAUUAGAGAUAAUCCUGAGUACUUCAUGCCAAUGAAAAUGGAAGAAAUCAUAAAGGAAAGGUGGAAGAUUAGUGUCACUAGGCAUCAAUGUCAGGCCGCUAGAAAGAAGGCACUAAUUUGGAUUGAUAAGGAGUAUGAUGAACAGUUUGCUAGAUUAAGAGAUUAUGCUGCUGAGAUAUUAGAAUCUAACAAGGAUUCACAUGUAGAGGUUGAAUGUGUGACGACUGAUGAUGGGAAAGACAUGUUCAAUAGGUUCUAUGUUUGUUUUGACAACAUAAGAAGAACAUGGAAAGAGACUUGUAGGCCUCUAAUAGGAAUUGAUGGUUGCUUCCUAAAGAAUAAGGUGAAGGGACAGCUUUUGGUAGCUUUAGGUAGGGAUGCAAACAAUGGUAUUUAUCCAAUAGCAUGGGGGGUGGUUAAAGUUGAAAACACAGAUAAUUGGGUUUGGUUUAUGAAGUUGCUAAAGACUGACCUUGGAUUGAAUGAUGGUGAUGGCUUUAUACUGAUUUCUGAUAGGCAAAAGGGAUUGAUCAAGGCUGUUCAGCUGGAGUUACCAAAAAUGGAGCAUCGAAUGUGUGUGCAACACAUCUAUGGGAACUUGAAGAAGCAUCAUGGUAAUAAAACCCGAAUGAAGCCACUAUUGUGGGAUUUAGCAUGGUCUUACAAUGAGGUGGACUACAAGCGGCACUUGGAGAGGAUCUACUGCUAUGAUACUGGUGUGUACAAUGAUGUCAUGAGGACAAAUCCAAAAAGCUGGUGUAGGGCAUUUCACAAGAUUGGGAGUUAUUGUGAAGAUGUUGAUAAUAACCCCACAGAGUCUUUUAACAGCUCCAUUAACAAGGCAAGAGAGAAACCAUUCAUUGCUAUGCUAGAGACAAUAAGACGACUUGCGAUGGUGAGGAUUGCCAAAAGGUCUGCAGAAUCUCAUUCUCACACAGGGAUUUAUACUCCAUAUGUUGCAUUGUUUAUAGCUAAAGAGCAUAAGUAUGCAUCUGAGUCGAAGAUAUGUGGCAUCCCAUGUGAACAUGCCUAUGCAGUCAUCAUCGACAAAACACUUGUAGCUGAGAACUAUGUCUGUCAAUGGUUCCGGACAGCUAUGUGGAGAAGGAAUUACACCGAAGGCCUCGUUCCACAGAGAGGUCCACGGUUUUGGCCUGAAACAAAGACUCCUAAUGUGUGUUUACCAGAUGAAGAUAACGAUCAAGCUAAAGAGAAGAAGACAAAGCCUGACAAAAAAAGGAAGAAGGGUGCUAAUGAGUCGCCAACUAAGAAGAAACCAAAGGAGAAAAAAAGAAUCAUGCAUUGUGGCAUUUGUGGAGCAGCUAAUCAUAAUUCUAGGUUCCACAAGAAUGAAUUUCCCAAGCCAAGUCAACCGGAACCAAGCCAAGGUUCACUCACUCAAGCUUAA